AGUGCAGUUCAAACAUUAACAUUUCAUAAAUGUUCGCUUGACGGGCGUAAUAUUUGGUUGUAUCUCUUAGUCGGCGUCGCGUGUUCUAUCGUUUCAAUACAUUUUUUUUUGGGAUUUGUAUUUACCGCAAAACGUAAGCCAAUUUGAUUGUAAACAAAAGAAAAGACAAACAAAAAACGGUUUCGACGAAAAUAAUGAAUUGUUUCGAAAGAGAGGAAAUAAAAUAGAAUUUUGUGUUGUACAGAAAGGAAGAAGAAAAAAGUCAAUGCGCCCGGCACAAAAUGUUUCGUCGAUUGUUUCGAAAUCCGAACGCAUUUUCAUUUUCUGAGCAAUUUUCUUCAAGUGCAUAGAUUUUUUUUUCCGAAUAGGCAAUAAAUUCAAAAGACACGCACAAAGUGAAUGAAGGAAAAAUCAAUGAAAUCAACAAACGAAAAUAAAUACGCGCUAAAGUUGCCGCUUUAGCGGCUUCCACACGACAAAUUCCACCAAAACAGUGCACUAAUGUGUAGGAAAGCGACGAAUGUGCCGAGUUAUUCGCUCAGCAAGCAUAAAAAUUGCAAUCAAAACAUUAGGAACAUGUUAGAGUGCUAAAUUUUUCUUCGGUUGCUUUUGGUUUUGUGAAAAGAAAAUGCCGUUCGAUGUGUGAUGAUUACGAGCAACUAAAAGAGCUUCAACGAGCGAAAUAAGCAAUUAGUCGGAUGUUUGUGUGAAUUUUUUUCUAUGUUGUUGUUGUAUAUUUUGGGCAUAGUGGAGGCAUAUUGGUUGAACAGUGUGUGCACACCAGUAAAAUUGAUGACAAAAAAAAGAAGAGAAUUUCUUAGCGAUGCCAUAUAGGCAAACGAUAAGCAUACACUAACACACGUACCACUACCAUCUCCACCGAACUACGUAGUCUAUCUGAAAGAGGUAAGCACGCACUCAAAUACACACACACUCAGAGAGAGAGAGAGACACGGGCACGCAGCAUCGGGUAACCCGAAUGAAUUCAAUUGAACCGAACUGAACUGAAUUUGGUGAGGUGAAGAAUGAAACACGCAAUUGAAUCGCAACGGAAUGGGUAUUUGUGUUGAUUGAAAAGAGACGGCAAGCGGCACACGAACGGAAUGGGUACAGUCGUACGUUUCGCGCAGUAUAUCUGUUUCAGUUUCGGCCGUACUAGAUUCACGGUAGAUGGGCAUGCGCUGCUCAGUUUACUGUUGGAUCUUGAAAGAAAAUGGCGUCUACUAAGUUUUUAGAGGAAGAUCUCAGAACAGACGUCGAUGAGUUUACGGUUAGCGCAAUUGUUGGUGGUUCAACGGACACAAAUAUAGUGACAGCACCGAGUGAUGAUGCAAAACCUCCACAGAAACCACCACAGCAGGAACAGCUAUCCGAUUUUCAACAGCAUUUACUGAAUGAUAAUAAUAAUUUGUUGAACAGCAGCAGCAGCAGUAGCAGCAAUCAAGAUAAUAACAGUAGUGCAAUACUUGUGUCAAAUGGACAUCAAUCGAGUGCGAUUAGUGAUCCAAACAAUGCUCUAAAUGAAAAUGAGAAAAAAUCAAACGAUAAUAUUAACAUUAUUUACAACGCGAGUGACAGUGAACCUUCUUCUGUGUUAGCAAACUUCGCCCCAACGAAUGCAAUUGCAACCACAGUGCCCCCCGAAAAGGUUGUCACAAACAUCAACAAUAAUUCGGACGAUAAAUGUGCGAAUCAAUCGUUGCAACAAUCCGAAAAACAGCAGCACCAGCACCAGCACCAGCAACAACAACAAACAACGACUAAUUAUUUUGCACACCAACCGAGCAGUGAGUCGACGGCAGAAGUGGGUGUAUCGCAUCAGAAUCAACAUAUCACCCAAAAUCAGAGCCAUCAACCACUUCUGCAGCAGCCGUUGCGGCAAGCACAGCAGAUAGUAACGCAGCAGCAGCAGCAGCAAUCAGUGCAGGUGCAGCCAGCUAUGUCAAAGAACAAUGAACCUGUGAAGUUAGUGUAUCCGAGCAAAAUACCAAAUGGAACGAUUAAUUUAGCAACAAUACCUUCGCAACAACAGCAGCCGAAUAUAAUGCACACGUCCACAUCGAUGGCGGCAAAUUCAGGCACAAACACUGUGACCGGCCAGCAACCACAAACUAUAGUUAUUAAGAAUCAGGCAAAUCAAAAUAUAGUAGCAAAUUCAAUGAUACCCGGUGUGCAACUUGUAAAUAUGCGACCAAAUGCACCAGUAGCACAGACCAAAACGGUAGCCACGGUUUCACCUCGAGUAGUUAUCAGCAAUCCACAUAUGGUGGCGACGAGGCCGACCAAUCCUGGAAUAACGCUAAGUGCACUGCAGCCAGGACAGCCCGGCUCGGCGCUGCUACUGAAAACGGAAAAUGGGCAAUAUCGUUUACUGCAUUAUGGCCCAUCAACACAAACAACACAACAAACCCUACCAAAUAGUGGUGCAAAUCCAACAAUUCGUAUACAAACGGUUCCAUCUGUAAGUAGAUUCACCGGACCACCAUUAGCACUCAGAAAAACAAUUGUAACUCAGCAGCCAGUGAAAACGAAGGCGUCCACGGCAACGCCAAUAGUUGUAAAUUCGGUACACACAACGCCAGCAAUAAAUACAGUAACGACGAGAUCUCGAGAGAGCAUAAACACAAGUCAAUUACCGCCAAUAGCCUCUGUAGCACCUGUAUCUCAUUCAAUCCAACAAUCAGCAUUACCACCUCAGCCUCAGAUUCAAACGCAGCAAAUGAAUGCGACGAAUGCGAUACCCACUAGCAAUGUCACAACGAGUGCAACACCUUCGCAUGCCAAUUUACACAAUACCAAAGAGAAAUGUCGAAAGUUUUUAUCUAAUUUAUUGGAAUUGUCGAGCAGAGAACCAAAACCGGUCGAACAAAAUGUUCAGGAACUCAUCCAAGAGCUGAUCGACGCUAAUGUGGAACCAGACCAAUUUUGCGAUCGUCUCGAACGAUUGCUCAACGCCAGUCCACAACCAUGUCUUAUUGGCUUCCUAAAGAAAAGUUUGCCGCUUCUUCGACAAUCGUUGGUUAUGAAGGAGCUAUCAAUUGAGGGUAUUAAGCCGCCACCACAUAGUGUUGCGUUCGGCACGUAUGCAACAUCAAAUAUUGCCACUCAAGUUAGACCCGUAGUUAAUUUACCAGCAGUUCGUAUGGUUCCUCAACAAACACGACCAGCAACAAUUACUCGACACACGGCUCCAGUACGCCUUCGAUUAAAUGCUGUGCAAACUGAACCUAAUGGAGCAGCCAUUCAAGCGCCGAUCAAUGUGCCGAGAAUGGUGAACUCAACACAAAUUCGUGCUUCAAGUGGUGCAGCAAUCAUUCAUCAACAGCAUCCUGCAAAUGUACAAAUUCAGUCACAUCCGCCAGCUUUACAUCCAGUUAGCCAAAAUACUUUUGCACCGGGUGGAGCGCAGAUUCGCGCCGCAAGUGUACCUGUUGCGCGUCCGGCUCCGGCAGUGCAAAUUAGACAAACGGUUACAGAAAAUGGUGCACACAUCAUUCAACAGAAUGCGAAAAUGUUGAAAACUGCCGCCAAUACGAUACAACAACAACAGUCAACGACACCGACGAUGAAAGUUGGAUCAACGCAAAUAAAACCGAUCAUAAAUGCGGCAAAUGCGACGGCACCACAGCCAAUUGUCAUACCACAGCCGCCCAUCAUAAAGUCUGAACCAGUCGACACGAAUAAGAGCAUAGCUAAAGAAACUUCCGCAACCACUCUCAUUUCAACUUCCAAUGCAAACGCAACAACGACACCUGCCCCACCGAAAAUGGUUCCAAUCAAAAGCCAGGCGGCUGCGUCAGCGAAAUCGAGCGCAGCGAACAAGGAAAAGGAACGAAAAGCAUCGGCGUCGUUUUUCCAACAAUCAUCAAUGUCUUCUUCAAUGUAUGGUGAUGACGAUAUCAACGAUGUCGCUGCGAUGGGUGGCGUCAAUUUGGCGGAAGAAUCGCAACGAAUCUUGGGCUCAACGGAGCUGAUUGGCCGUCAAAUUCGGUCGUGUAAAGAUGAAGUGUUUUUGCAUUUGCCAGCCUUACAGUCACGAAUUCGCAAUAUCAUGGCCAAACAUGGGCUGGAAGAGCCGGGCAAUGAAGUUGCUGUUUUGGUAUCGCAUGCAUGUCAAGAGCGCUUGAAAAAUAUCGUAGAAAAAUUGGCUGUGAUAGCCGAACAUCGAAUCGACAUAAUCAAAAUUGAUCCACGGUAUGAAAUUACGAAGGAUGUACGCGGUCAGAUCAAAUUUCUCGAAGAGUUGGAUAAGGCUGAACAAAAACGGCACGAAGAACAGGAGCGAGAGAUGCUGAUGCGUGCAGCCAAAUCGAGAUCGAAAACGGAGGAUCCGGAACAAGCUAAACUGAAGGCGAAGGCUAAGGAGAUGCAACGGGCUGAAAUGGAAGAGCUUCGACAAAGGGACGCGAAUUUAACGGCCUUACAAGCUAUCGGACCACGCAAGAAGCCGAAACUGGAGAGUGACACUGCGACUGCGACAGCGGCGGGCGGAAGUACGUUGGGUAUCGGAGGAGCGACUGUACCACUCAGACCGCGAAUAAAGCGAGUAAAUUUGCGCGACAUGAUCUUCUAUUUGGAGCAAGAGCGUGACACAUGCAGGAGCACAAUGCUAUAUAAAUCGUACCUCAAGUGAUGCAUGCAGCAAACAAAAACAUCGCCAACAAUCACCACCACCACCACCAACACCACAAAUUGUAAACAACGCAUCAUAAUUGCCGCGUGAUUUUUGUCUUCAUUCAUCCACAAAGCGGAGGUAGUUUUGCAGAGAAAGAGUGCUGCAGCGAUUGUAGCGUGCAUAUUUCCAAUCCUCAUUAAAUUGUACAUAGAUCGAAACGUUAUUGGGCCAAAAAAAAGAAAAAAAAUAACAACAAAAAGCAACACGGUUAAUCACGAAAAAAAAGAAAA